CUCUCUACACUCUCUCUCCCCUUUCGUUUCUUCUCGUUCAAGCAGAUAACUCGAUCAAUCAACGUUCAUCAUUCACCUUUGAACCAGUCAAAAUCCAUAAAAAAAUACCUUCAAUUGCCCCAAUUUUAUCGGCUAUAUGGUCUCUUCCUCAUACUCCAUUCUUUCUUGAUUCUUACCGGUAAGAAUCCCCUCUUCUUCCAUUCACAUUUUACUCUGUAAUUUCAUCUUCAUUCAUCCUCCAUCAUCAAUUACAUAUCAUUUCCAAGGUUAAUUACACUAUCUAGGGUUCUUCACAGCAUGUUUUGACCUAAUUUCUGCAUUGACUGUCUGAUCUGUUAGAAUUUAGGUUAACAAAUUUAGGGUUAACAAACUUAGCGUUAAGAUGACGUCAGCAGGUGUUAUUGCAAUUAAUCCACGUAGUGAGGACUCAAUUUUGCCCUCAUAUGUUAAUAUUCAAGAUGGGAUUAUGAUUCAUUUGGCUAUAUCUGGUAAAGUGGUUCCGAUGAGGGUUUCGGAGUCGGAUUCGAUUGCUUCGGUGAAGCUUCGGAUUCAAAGUUAUAAAGGGUUUGUUGUCAAGAAUCAAAAGUUGGUUUGUGGAGGUAGGGAACUGUCUAGGGGUGAUUGUUUGGUUAAGGAUUAUGGUGUGAGUGAUGGGAAUGUAGUGCAUUUGGUUGUUCGGAUUUCGGAUAUUCAAGUGAUUAAUGUGAAGACGUCGUGUGGGAAAGAGUUUACGUUUCAUGUUGGGAAGAAUCAUGAUGUUGGGUAUGUGAAACGGCAGCUUGCGAAGGGGAAGAAAGGGUUGGUUGAUGUUGAGGAGCAAGAGGUUUUGUUUAAGGGUGAGCAGAUCGAGGAUGAACGCCUUAUUAAUGAUAUUUGUAAGAAUAAUAAUGAUGCGGUGAUCCAUUUGAUUGUUAGGAAGUCUGCCAAGAUUCGCGCAAAGCCUGUUGAAAAGAAUUUCGAGCUGUCGAUUGUUGCGCCGCAGUCGAAUGAUUUGAAAGAACGUGAUCUUGCGGUUAGACAGCUUAAGAAUGGUGGUCACGGUAUAGAGUAUUACGGGUCGGUUCCUAAAGAAGGUUUAAACAGAAAUAUUCGGUUGGAGCCAGUGAUUGUUAACCCAAAGGCUGCUAUCCCGUCUGUACUGCUGGACCUUAUUAACUCUACGUAUGACGGUUUACUAAAAGGGAAUUAUCCGAUAAGGUCGUCCGAGGGUACAGGUGGAGCGUAUUUGAUGAUGGACGCAUCAGGGAGCAAAUAUCUGUCCGUCUUUAAGCCGAUCGAUGAGGAACCGAUGGCUGUAAAUAACCCUAGGGGGUUACCGUUAUCAACGGAUGGUGAAGGGCUAAAGAAGGGGACAACCGUCGGUGAGGGCGCGUUGAGGGAAGUUGCUGCCUACAUUUUAGACCACCCGAAAGGCGAGCGUAGGUCGGUUUCCGGAGAACACAAGGGUUUUUCUGGGGUCCCGCCUACAUUCUUAGCCACGUGUUUGCACAAAGGGUUUAACCAUCCUGAUGGUGUUAAGGAGAAGAUUGGUUCGUUACAGAUGUUCAUGGAGAAUAAUGGAAGUUGUGAGGAUAUGGGCCCGAGUUCUUUUCCUGUAGAUGAAGUACAUAAGAUCUCGGUGUUGGAUAUUAGGAUGGCUAAUGCUGAUCGGCAUGCUGGAAAUAUUUUGGUCAGUAAAUCGGAAGAUGGUCAACCUGUUCUUAUUCCUAUUGACCAUGGUUACUGCCUGCCGACCAGUUUUGAAGAUUGCACAUUUGAUUGGCUCUACUGGCCGCAAGCGCGUCAACCGUUUAAUCCUGAAACAAUUAAUUACAUCAAAUCACUAGAUGCGGAGGAAGAUAUCGCGCUACUUAACUUUUAUGGGUGGAAUUUACCCUCAGAGUGUGCACGGACUUUUCGGAUAUCCACUAUGUUACUAAAGAAAGGCGUUGAGAAAGGAUUUACGCCUUUUGUCAUUGGAAAUAUCAUGUGUAGGGAAAAUUUGAAUACAAAAUCUGUGAUUGAAGAAAUAGUCGAAGAAGCAGAAGGUCUUGUUCUUCCUGGUUUGAGUGAGGCUGCAUUUAUCAAGACUGUUUCAGAGGUCAUGGAUCGUCGCCUAGAUUCGAUCUGCUAACGAAGGUUAUCUGCUAACAAAGGUUUAAUAGAAUAUAAAUAAGUAGCAUGUAACUUCAUUUCUUUUGGUGUAUAAGAACCUACCUAUGUGCAUAUGUUUUCGCCACAUGUGUUUAUGAUGGUGGAUAUGUUUUAAACUCUUCAGCAGUUAAAAGUUGCUUGCUUUUGAUUA